GGCACGGCUCGGAUGGAGUCAGGUCGCGCUGCCCACCUCCUUGAGCCGAGGCAGCGGGAGAGCAGCCGCCCGCCCGGCACGCCGGCCGAACAGAUGCUUUUGACUGGAGGUUUGAAAUCUCUCCUUCCUCAUUUGCGAAGAAUAAUUCAUUGCAGCAGAGUUCAUAACAGGAAUAUUUCUGGAAUGGCAGAAGGGGCUACAAUUUGCAACUCAGCAUUACAUUUUAAGUUGAAGAAUUCCACAAUUCCAGGCUACAAACAGGCCAGUGUCGUGAUUUUGCACAAGUCCCUUGCUGAUGACUUCGAGAAGUUCUGCCAUGCAAACAGUGGAGCACUGCCACUCCUACACAGAAGUAAACCAGGGGAAUGGAAGUGCCCUUCUCUGAAUAGUGAUUCUGAUAUCAGAACUGACUGCCUGCAGUACAGAAAGUAUGAGUACGGAGCUUUUACUGGAUCUCUAAAAAGUCUAAAGGAUUAUUCUGAACAACUGAAGGACAUGGUGGCUUUCUAUUUAGGCUGCAGCUCUAGUUUUGAAAAAGUACUUCAAGCUGCUGGCAUUCCUCUAAGAAAUGUUGAUCAAAAAUGUAGCAUAAGCAUGUAUAAGACAGCUGUGCCAUGCUACGCUAUUUCUACUUUUUGCUGCAACUUAGUUGUCACAAUGAGACCAAUUCCUGAAAGCAAAUUGGAAGCAGCUGUGCUAGCAACAUCUGAAUUAAAAAAAGAAAAUCAUGGAGCACCAAUUCACAUUGGUAACCCUGGUCUGCUGGGAAUACAAGAUCUUUCCAAGCCAGACUACGGAGAUCCAGUUCACCUUCACCCUGGUGAUAUCCCUGUGUUUUGGGCCUGCAGCGUAACAGGAAUAGAAGCAGUCAUCAACUGCAGAUCUCCAUUGGUUUUUACUCAUUCUUCUGGCUGCAUGUUCAUUACUGACCUGAAGAAUGACAGUGUUAUGCUCAGAUCCUCAAGAGAAGUCCCACAAGUCCAUUGCAUUUCACAAGAUCCUUUGCAUUAUAGUAUGGUGUCUGCAGAAGCAGCAAAAAAGAUAAAGACUCUAGAGAGCCUAAUUGGAAUAGAUCCAGGCAAUCGUGGCAUCCUUCAUUUACUCCGCCCUGGUGAGCUGCUGAAGGCCUGCCUGUCCCUGUCCCAUGCUCGGUCCGUGUUGGUAACCACCGGGUUUCCCACCCACUUCAAUUACGAGCCGCCAGAAGAGAACGACGGGCCCCCAGGAGCCCUUGCUAUUGCGGCCAUGUUGCAGGCCUUGGAGAAAGAUGUAGCCAUAGUAACAGAUCAGAGAGCCAUGGAUCUGAAUAAAAAGAUUAUUGAAGAGGCUGUGCAAAUAGGAGUCCUGAAGGAACCUGUCCCGUUGCUGAGUUAUCAGAGGGAAAGUGCUGAUUCAGCUUUAACAUUUUUGUGUGAGAAUGGGAAUCCCAGAAGACCUAGAUUUGAUCACCUGAUAGCAAUAGAGCGUGCCGGGAUAGCUGCUGAUGGCAAUUACUACAAUGCCAGGAAAAUUAAUAUUAAACAUCUUGUAGAUCCCAUAGAUGAACUGUUUUUAGCUGCACAAACCAUUCCAGGAAUAACAACAACAGGUGUUGGAGAUGGAGGAAAUGAAUUAGGAAUGGGCAAGGUAAAAGAUGCUGUAAAGAAGCACAUUAAAAAUGGAGAUGUUAUAGCUUGUGAUGUUGCAGCUGACUUUGCUGUUGUAGCUGGCGUCUCUAACUGGGGAGGCUAUGCCAUUGCUUGUGCUCUGUAUAUUCUCAGCACCUGUGAAAUACAUGAUCGCUAUCUGAGGAGAGCCAUUGGGUUUUCUCAGUCACCAAAGAAAACAGCCUGGCUGUCCGCACUUCCAUCAGUUACAAAGCAUUCCUUCCACGAAACCCAGAGACCGUAACAACUAAAUGAAGAUGACUUCCUCAGAAUGUGUGUUAUUUCUCUGCAGCCUUAUGGAAUUGUUCAGGUUGGAAAAGACUUUAAAGAUCAUCAAGUCCGACCGCAACUUAACCAUACUACCCUAACUCUAAGAACCCUUCGCUAAAUCACGUCCUUCAUGUUAAAGCAACAUCACGACUGCACUGCAGCAGAACUCAGAACCGCAGUGCUCUCUAUUCCCACUCAACUGAAUACGAAGAUUAUUCUAAAUUACCCUUUACAUAUAUUUUACUAAGAGAUACAGAGAAGCAUUUGUUGAUUGCUGAGAACUUUAUCAGGUGGAAAUAUCUUGACCAAUGUAGUUUUACUUACCUUCCACAGCUGUGGAGGUUGAGUCACAGCUGAGUCAGUUCAUGAGGCUGGUUUGAUUUUUUUAUAUUCUUUUAUAUUUUUUUAUAUUCUUAGAGCUUUUCUGAGACGAAUGUAAAGAAAGAUGUUAAAACCUCUUUCAGAGUUGUUGUCUGCACGAUCAUGAGCAAUAUAUAAAGGUGUCAUUUGCUUUAGUGUUCUUUAUCAAAUUUUUCAUUCACGAGCGAGUUUUUCCAUGAAGUAAAUGCAAAUUACCAAGUUCCUUUUCUAUGAAUUUGGUGGGUUUGGAUUUCAUUGGAGUUCUUUUUUUUUAUUUCUGAUUUCCUCACUCCCAACAUAAGCAUUUACUAAUCAGAGUACUGUGAGUAAACUGCAGCACUUUACAGACCACACUGCAUGUUGUGUAUGUUUCUUACAAGUUCAACAAUAACAUUUGUUGAUAGAGUACUGUAUCAAGCAUAGUUUCAUAACGUUAAGUAAGCAAGACCAUUUCCCCCAUGU